GGUAAUAAAGAGUCGGCCGUCUUCUUUCCUCGGACUCCCCCGCAAUCCCCAUCUUCCCCUCCAAGCUUUCCAAUCUUCCUUCUCGCCUGCCGCUGCCGAGAUGACGGUGGAGAAGGUCGACGCGACGGUGGCCGACUUCGACGGCCACUUCGAAAAGCUCUUCGCCGGCGACGAUGGCGGCAAGCUGAAGCUGCUGCUCUUCCUCGCCGACCGGGAGCCGUCCUCCUCCCUCACCUGGUGCCCCGACUGCAACGUGGCGGAGCCGGUGAUCUACGAGAAGCUGGAGUCGGUGGGCAAGGACGUGGUGCUCCUGCGCGCGUUCGUCGGCGACAAGCCCACGUGGAGGGACCCGGCCCACCCGUGGAGGGUGGACCCGCGGUUCGCGCUCAAGGGCGUGCCGACGCUGCUGCGGUGGGACAAGGGCGCCGCCGCGGGGCGCCUCGAGGACGACGAGGCCAACGUCGGGGACAAGAUCGACGCCCUGCUCAAUUGAGUUAGUUAUCAUGUGCUGACGGCUAUCUCGUCUGCUUAAUCCGAGUGCCAAGAGAAUGCUUUUGGCGGCAGAUGUUAUCUACUAUCUGAAGUCGUGCUCUUCUUGUAACCAGUCAGUCUCAGUCAUGAACCAAAUAAAACAGGGGAACGCGUAAACACAAUGUCUACUAGUUUUUGUCUCCCGAAACAGCACAUCAUUUGGGGCAAGAUCAGAGUAGUUGUUGAUUCC